AGUUACAAUGUUUAUAGCAACCACGCGUCCAGAAUUUCUAGAGUCACUGGGGCCUUGGAGCAAACAGAAACAUGGACGAUCUUUUCGCAGAUGAAGGAGCAAGAGUGGAGCCUGAACCAUCGUCUAUUACAACUGAAAUAAAGACAAGCGAUGUGUACAAAGUGGAUAAAAAUUUACCAGCUCGCUUUAAUAAUCCGGAGUGUUUCAGAGGAUACAGCCAAAAAAUGAUCAACCCUUUAUACCAAACGACAAAUCAAACAUACGGAAGCAAAAAACCAACAGUACAUGAAAUGCCGACAACCUUUAUCGGAAGUCGUCGGAAGUUUUCUGAGCAUCUUCUGAAAAGUGGCAUGUAUAAGGAUAAUGGCUUUAACACGGCGCUGAAUAAGAAUCGACUCACUGGACCCAAUGAAACCACUGCGUUCCAUGACAGAAUCAAUUUCCAUUACUUAUACCACACGGAUGGGAAAUCGCAGUAAAAUAACACCUUUUUUAUAUAAUAAACCAGUGAUGAAGGAUUUGAUUGUCAUGGUUUGUUAUUGGGUUGUUUACAAGGAUUGUUACUUUACCCUCAUGUUAUUUCAAACCUGUAUGCCUUCUGGGAAACAAAAGAUAUUUUGACCAUUGUCCAUACAAAGUCAGUGGGCUCAAAUGCUGUUUGGUUCCCAGCAGUCUUCAAAAUAUCUCAUUUGUAAUG